GCGUCAGUGGACUGGCAUAUGGACAUAUGCUGGAAAGGACCUCUAUCGUAUGACCGUGUCGCUUAGCACAAGCCGACCUGAGGAUGCUACACUUCAAUCCAGGUAUUGAUUGACCAAGUGUACCCAAACCGAGUAAUAUUCGCUAAUAGAUUUUAUUGUCAGGAAAGUCUUUCACCAAGUGAAAGAAUUAGCCAGUGAUGGCAAUGAUGAUACGAUCCUGGACCCUGGCCCCUCCCCCAGUCAUACCCGACUCCAUCGGGUCCAUGCAGCGUUGAUGUUUCGGCCUUAGCGCGUCAGAUCCUCAGAGCUCUCUUCGCCCGUUUACCGGGAGAUCAGCACUCUGCUGGUAAUCCCGUCUAUCGAUGACGACCCUCAUACCCUCAUCAUCCUUUUGAAUUUUAACACCUCUCUUCAAUUCCAAGCUGACUGAGGUACAGGGCAAGUGCUGUAUCACCCGUGGCUUCAGCUCCACCCCUGCCUAUAGAAGCCGGAUGGAGCUGUUAUUUGCCUGACGGAAGCUAGGCCGAAACUCCAGACCCAGUCCUGGACAGCGUCCCCCUCCCCCGUCCUGUCCCUUUCUCCCCCCAAGCACCAUCCUUCUCACCCCCUCAAAGACCAUGUCUCAAGCUCUGUGAGACUCUCGGCAGCAGUCACAAUGCCAGAGAGACGCUUGUCGCGUCUGCUCAGGGCCAAGCUGCUGCGACGAUCAUCGACACCGGCCGUUCCAAAAACGGGCGACGGGGCGGACCCGCGUGUCCACCCAAAUUCAACCUCUCGUUCCUCUUGCGCUCCGCAUCUCUUCGACUCCGCCAGCGAGAAGUCCCCGUAUAGCGUCGUCUCUUCGGCUGCUGAUCACUCAUCAGAAGACAUCGGCCAUAGCCCUGGAUCGGAUAUCGACGAGGGUCACAAGCACAAGCACGGGCGCCCGGCUGAUCCCCAGCCAUCCACUCGUUCAUCGCAACCAACGGAUCCGUUCCAGCAUCGCCACGCAUCAGAACGGCCAUCCGAUACCCCGCUGCCACCCGAACCAAAUUUCUCUCCUUUGCAUACUCCCAUCUCCGAAGAGUCUCCCUCCCCCUUCGAGAGCCCCUUGCCGACUCCGCAGCAAUCCGACGAUACCUCCUACUCCGCGCCAGUGAAGGCUCGUGGGCCAACUCCAGCGGAGUAUCAAUUAACACCAACCCUCGACACCGUCGUCGAAAAGACCGCCGACGACCGCAGGCCUUCGUCAACCGCCGUCCCUCCCUCGUGGGGCAAGCGCCCUAGUAUUGCCAUUCGUCGGCAGUCUCUUCUGCCCGCGUCUCAACAGCAUUUGAUCGGUGCAUUGUUGGAACAAAGUCUCUUCUCAUCCUCGGGUGACCAAGGCAGCAGUCGCGUUCCCGUAGCUGCUGCCGAGAUGGUCCAACGCCGAAUCUGGGUCAAAAGGCCCGGUGGCUCGGCCACCCUGGUGCCGUGCUUGGAAGAUGCGGUCGUGGAUGAAUUGCGGGACCAGGUGAUCAUGAAAUAUGCCAACUCGUUGGGUCGAACGUUCGAUUCACCAGAUAUCGUCAUCCGGAUCUCUGCUCGAGAAGGCUCAAAUCGGCAACAAACGCCAGAGCGACUGUUGAGCCCGGAGGAGGUUGUAGCAUCCGUUCUCGAUUCAUACUAUCCGGGAGGACAGACAGUUGAAGAGGCUUUAUUGAUCGAAGCGCCAACACGCCGAACUCCGAAACCGUCACCACGUCAUCCAGUAUAUCUCCACCAUCACUCGGAACCGGGUGAGCAUGGCGACUAUUUCCCGCUCAUGCCCGUCAAUCCGAAGGGCCAUACACCUCCCGCUCAUCCCGCGAGUGCAGGCGCAACUAACGCCCCUUCUAUUUCCAUCCUUACAACUGGUGUCGCGCCAGCGCUGCCCUCGCCUGGGACUCGUGCGGCAAGGCAUCAUCGUCGGCCACCUCUCACACGGCACACGACCAAUUCACCGACAAUCCUCGGUCAACCCCCCACUAUAACAGAUAACGGCGUUUCUCCUCAUACACAACCGCCUUCUAUCGUACCAACACAGCCCACGCCACCUGCCCCGGUCGCCGAGUCUCCGCAGGCAAAAUCACAUACUCCCCCAGCGCCCGUGGCUUCUCCACGCACUCUUCGAAAGUCCAAGGGUGCUGCGUCCCCCGGCGCAGUAUUCGGUGGUCUAAUCGAGGGUACCGUGCCUCCGAUCAACGUCCUCAUUGUCGAAGAUAACAUUAUCAACCAAAAGCUUCUAGAGGCGUUUAUGAAGAGGUUGAGCGUACGAUGGAAGUGCGCGGCCAAUGGCGAGGAAGCAGUGCGGAAAUGGAGACAGGGCGGGUUCCACUUGGUUUUGAUGGAUAUCCAGUUGCCAGUGAUGAACGGACUGGACGCGACCAAGGAGAUUCGCCGUCUUGAGCGACUUAACGGGAUUGGUGUCUUCCCCAAAACAGCUUCGGGACGUUCCAGUGCUUCGAGUGCUGCCUCGUUAGAGAAACGACCAGGCCUGCAGCGGUCUGUGAGUGAGGACGACACCCUGUCAGAUCUAUCUCUGUUCCGAAGUCCAGUGAUCAUCGUCGCCUUGACUGCUAGCAGUUUGCAAAGUGAUCGUCAUGAGGCACUGGCUGCUGGGUGUAACGACUUCUUGACCAAGCCUGUCGGAUUCCCAUGGUUGUCCCAAAAAGUCACAGAAUGGGGCUGCAUGCAAGCCCUGAUUGAUUUCGAUGGCUGGCGCAAGUGGCGUGGAUUCCAGGAUUCUCCUCGAUCUGCGUCUCCCGGUUUUGACAGUGCGGCUAGCCCCAUGCAGACAGGCAAUCAGAAUGAGAUUGGAUCAAAAAUGGCCCCAGGGUCUCCAUCACUGUCUCGGACGGGCACGAAGACCAAGGCCGCCCGCCCGAAGCGGCCUCAUUUACCCGACGCCGACGAGAUCAUGCGUGAAGACUCAUGGGGUAGUGGGAGUGGUGACACUGCUGACUCGCCCACGAGCCCCGAGACAACCCCUGGAGUAGAUGCUGAUAUAGAACCACCGGGUGAUUCGGUGGAUUUUGCGCCAAAUGCAAAGUGAGGUAUAUCAUGAAAGCCCAAAUUGGGUGAUCUAAGGUCAUAUGCUUGUGCAGGCACAUGUUCAUUUCAGUCGCACUUUUCUCACAACCUUUUUCCUUUUCCAUACGUCUCGACUACCUGUCCUUUCCAAUGGAUACCCCUGUAUAGUCACGAUUGUUUCUUUUGUGUUUUGGUCUUGUUCUUCUUUCUUUGUUCGACUGGAACAUCUUCCACUUUUCGUUUUGGUAGGACUUGUUUAUCUUAUGUCCUUUGGCACCAGGCACUUCACUUUGGAGUGCCUUUUCGUUGCAUACACUUGAUCUUUCAUUUCUAACUUGUUCUUGUUUUCUGCCACUUUAAUGAUGCAUGCAUAAACGGAUUGAACAUACUCAGGUAUACGAACGAGCGAUUUCAUGUCCUUUUGGAUUUCCGUCCCAUGUCUUUGGGCCACUAAUUUCUACUCUAUUUACCAUUGAUCUUGCUGGUUGCGAGGAGAGGAGCAGCGUCGUCGUUAUCCCCCGUGUAUACGUGCUACUGCUUUAAUCGGGAUUUUCCAAAUAAACGAUUUUGAAGGUCAUUAUGGGUCAGUAACUCAAAGGUCUUGCCAGAAACCCAAGUAGCAAGGAAUACAUGUUGUAUUCCCAGGGUCUUCUCAUCCAGGCAUUCUUCAUCUCAG